AUGCCCUUCCCGGCCGAGUCCACAGCGAGCAGCUCGCGGUUGACCUCGACCCAACACUCCUCCACGGAGGCCCCUCGUCACGACCAGCGAACAGGACCUGCACCUCCAAAAGCAAAGACAAACUGGAAAAACGGCAGCCCAAGCUGUAAAGAUGCUCCCGUUCCCCAUGGCCCUGCAAGCGGUGUGUCGCGCGUGGAUGCGAGUCAAUAUGCCCCAACGGCGUUUUGUCAGGAAGAGAGCCUUACACGCGAGCUUGCCGAGGCUCGCACAUCACCCGCCGCCGUCGCCUCGACCUCUGCGGCCAGCGGAAGCGCCACCCAACCGGCCGGGUCCCCGCACGAGGGGUGGACCCCCCGAGACCCUCAUAGCUCAUCGUUCCAAACCAUCGUCUCGGACGGCAGCAGAACCUCGGCCCUGCCAGGUAUCCACCGAUAUGCCCCGAGCGCCUCGCCGCACGCCGGGGCCAACGAGCAACACGACGCUACCCGUCUGGACGCCGCAUCAGGUUCCGGCUCUGGCGUGUUGGGGGUCGAUGCUGGAUACCUUGGCCGUAGCGCCGGCGCGCUGUAUCUGAGUGAGAACGACCAGGGAUUGUCAGUGCCGUUCUCAUUGCCGUUCCUCGCGAGCGGCGAGCCGGCGGUUUUGGCGACUUUGCACGAGCUGUUCCCACCUGCCGACCAGGCGUUUGGGCUCUUGAAUACAUAUGAGGAACUCGUGGGGUGGAUGUACUGCCCCCUCGACAAUACUGCCGUCCUCGCCGCUCUUGGUAUCAUUUACCGUGGCGACCUUGACCCUGCGUCUCUCCGCUCGCGUCUGGUAGGUAUCUCGCCCCAUCGCCUCGCUACCAUCAUGAUGGUAUUUGCGCUCGCCAUGCUCUUCAGUGUGCGCGAUGGCGACACAAGACGCUACUUCAACGCAGCAACGGCACUGCUCACCGUCCCUGAUAAACAUUUCAUGGUUCGGCACUCGAUCGAGGCUGUCGAGUGCUUGCACAUGAUGGUGUCCUAUCUCUUUGGUCUCGGCCACGGCGAUGCGGCCAAGGCUGCUUGGCCAGUCUUGGGUCUGGCUGUGCGCACUGCCUGCGCCUUGGGAAUGCACCGCGAAGGAUCCAGAUGGGGCCUCACGCUGGAACAACGAGAAAACCGGUCGCGGAUCUGGUACGAAUGCGCGACAUACGACAUCCUGCAGUCCCUCAACUUUGGACGGCCAUACUCGACCCCCACGCAGUUAUCGGACUGCCCACUGCCCUCGCUGCCGUCCUUUGGGGCCGCAGGUGUGGACCAGGACGACGCAUUAUUCCACAACUACAAGUGGCGGCAGGUGCAGCUGUUUUUCCGUGUCACCGACUGUCUCGCGUCUGCCGAGUUACCAGACUAUGGUGUCGUCAUGGCGCUGGACAAGCAGUUACGAGACGUGGAUCAAUCGGCUCCGAUAUGGCUACGCUGGGACGACAGGCCGUUUAAUGACCCACCAAGCCUUGACAGGCUGUUGAGUGCGAGGCAGAUCGCCCAACAGGCUGCUGCUGCCAUCUUUGUUCACAAGGCGUUGCUUGCCUUACACCGUCCAUGGUUCUUCCACUCUGUCAAAGGCGGCGGCGAGCCCCUCCUCGGUCCACACGCACCAAGCUUCACGGCUUCUGUCAACUCGGCGCGGAAACACACGCGGCUCCUGGCGAGCCUGGUACGGCGCAAUCCGAAUGCCGCGCACAACUGGUGGUUCUUCGUUUUCCACGCAUACACUGCAGCAGUCAUCCAGUACACUGUUCUCCGCCGCGUGCCCCAUUGCGUCGUGGCCGAAGAGGUCCGCUCCGACUUUCAAACAAGUUACGACGUUAUCAGGAGCAUGGCACCCAAUUCAGUCGUGGCGCGGCGCGCGUUCCCCAUGCUGCAGCACAUGCAGGAGCGCUUGUUGCAGUCGACAGAACCGGAUCCUGCCACUGGGUCUGCCUCGGCAACUGGUGCAGGGUCGGCAGCAGCUUAUGGCGAUGCCGAGGCCAACUUGUUUUCGAGCUUCUUCCAUGCCCGAGAACCGCAGCCGCAGCCAUGGGCCGGACACCUCCAACCUCAAGCCUCCCAGAUCAGCGGCCUCGACUUUGGGCUCGGCUGGUCCAGUUUCGGUGCUGUCACCGACGGUGUACCGGAGCCCGCACUGGACCCCUUGCAGUUGAGCGAGAUGGACCCGCUCCUGCAGACUCUGUUAUACUGGGACGCGGGGAAUACCCACCCGGACCAUCACUUGUAG